CCUCCCUCGGCUGCUGCUGCUGUCUCUCUCUCUCUCUCUCUCCGUGCGGAGCCAUUUGAACCAGCGGAGCUCGGGAAUCGCGGUGCGACGGAGGAGGAGCAGAAGGCAACCGCGUCGCCGUUUCGCGCCUCCAUUUCUGCUCUCCUCGCGGCUCCCUCCCUCUCUCUCUCACUCGCUCUCUCUCGAGGCUUCUCUUCUCGUGGCGGGCGCGCUCUUCUAUGAAGCCUCCUUGGCCUCCCCUUCUUCUCCUCCCUCGUGUCUUCUAAGACUAUAGAAACUUGCUUAGGAGCUUUCCGCGUUGGCACGAACUAUGGACGUUAUUGAAGUUGAAGAAAGUUAUUUUGCAGCUAGCGAUGCCAAGUUACAUGGAGAGAUGUGUAGGACUCUCUCUGCAAUUUACUGCAAAGUAUUGGCAAUUUUCCCUGAAUUAGAAGCUGUGAGGCCUAGAAGCAAAUCUGGAAUUCAGGCUCUGUGUUCAUUGCAUGUGGCCCUGGAAAAAACCAAGACUAUACUUCAGCAUUGCUCAGAAUGUAGUAAACUUUACCUGGCAAUAACAGGGGAUUCUGUUCUUCUUAAGUUUGAAAAAGCUCGAUCUGCUCUUGCAGAUAGCCUCAGAAGAGUCGAAGACAUUGUCCCGCAGUCUUUUAGUUGUCAGAUAUUGGAGAUUGUUGCCGAACUGGAGGCUGUUGUAUUUACACUUGAUCUGCAGGAGAAGCAAGUUGGCGAGGAAAUAAUUGCAUUGCUCCAGCAAGGACGAAAAUUUAAUGACUCUAACGAUAACAAUGAACUUGAGUCUUUCCAUCAAGCAGCUACUAAACUUGGAAUCACCUCUUCUAGAGCAGCUCUUACAGAGAGAAGAGCUCUAAAGAAACUUAUUGAAAGAGCUAGGGCAGAGGAAGAUAAGCGAAAGGAAUCAAUUGUGGCUUAUCUUUUACAUCUAAUGCGAAAGUAUUCGAAGUUAUUUAGGAGUGAAUUCUCUGAUGACAAUGAUUCGCAGGGAUCAACUCCUUGUUCACCAACCGUUCAGGGUUCCCUUGAUGAGGGAGGCACUGUGGGCAAUGGUCAAGCAUUUGAAAGACAGCUAUCAAAGCUGAGUUCUUUUAACUUCAGGCCCAAUAUCAGGAAAUCAGGCCAGAUGCCACUUCCACCAGAAGAGUUGAGGUGUCCGAUAUCCUUGCAGCUUAUGUAUGAUCCAGUUAUUAUUUCUUCUGGACAGACAUAUGAAAGGAUCUGUAUUGAGAAAUGGUUUAGUGAUGGGCACAACACCUGUCCUAAAACUCAACAGAAGCUGUCUCAUCUUUGUUUGACUCCUAAUUACUGUGUGAAAGGACUUGUUGCUAGCUGGUGCGAGCAAAAUGGUGUUUCUGUCCCAGAGGGGCCUCCAGAGUCUCUUGAUUUGAAUUAUUGGAGGCUGGCGUUGUCUGAGUCUGAGUCUGAGUCCACAAAUUCGAGAUCAAUGAACUGUGUCGGUUCCCGCAAGUCAAAGGGUGUCAAAGUUGUUCCUUUGGAGGAGAGUGGUACCAUUGAGGAGGAAGAGGAUGAGAAAGAAAAGUUUUCUGCAUCAGAACAAGUGCCCGAGGUCAAUAUUUUUCAAAAACAUGAUCAUUUUCUUAAAGUGCUAAAUGGAGGAGAGGAAUUGUGCAGAAAAUGCAAAGUGGUAGAACAAAUCAGGCUUUUGCUUAAGGAUGAUGAGGAGGCUAGAAUUUUCAUGGGGGCCAAUGGCUUUGUUGAAGCCCUUCUACAGUUUCUGGAGUUGGCUGUCCGUGAGAGGAAUGUAAUAGCUCAGGACGUUGGAGCAAUGGCUCUAUUCAACCUUGCUGUCAACAAUAACAGGAACAAGGAGUUGAUAUUAGCUGCCCAAGUCAUUCCACUUCUCGAGGAAAUGAUAUCCAACCAUAACUCUCAUCCAUCAGCAACGGCUCUAUAUCUGAAUCUUUCCUGUCUUGAAGAUGCCAAGCCCAUAAUUGGCACGAGUCAGGCUGUACCCUUUCUGAUCCAGGUUCUUAAAGAUGAAACAGCACGUCAGUGCAAGCUUGAUGCUCUUCAUGCCCUUUACAAUCUCUCCACCUACCACGACAAUAUUGGAUACCUGCUUUCGGCAGGCAUUAUCAGUGGCCUUCAAUCUCUUCUUGCAGAUUCUAGCGACCAAAUGUGGACAGAAAAGUCGAUAGCUGUCCUUAUAAAUUUAGCUUCAAGCCAAUCAGGAAAAGAUGAAAUGGUAUCUUGCCCUGAACUCAUAAGUAUACUUGCCACGGUACUUGACACUGGAGAGCCCGUUGAGCAGGAGCAAGCUGUGUUAUGUCUUUUAGUUUUGUGUAAUGGAAAUGACAAGUGCAUUCAAAUGGUGCUACAAGAAGGUGUUAUACCUGCAUUGGUGUCCAUUUCGGUGAAUGGGACCCUAAGAGGGAGAGAAAAGGCUCAGAAACUUUUGAUGCUGUUCCGUGAGCAACGGCAACGAGAUCAAUCUCCUGCCAAUUUGAGCCAGCGGCAUCAUCAUCAGCCAGAGGAAACGGGUCACAGGACCAUGUCAUCAGCUCCAGAAGCCAAGCCGCUUUGUAAGUCUAUAUCUAGGAGGAAAACAGGCAAAGGCUGGGGCUUUUUAUGGAAGAGCAAGAGUUACUCAGUCUACCAGUGUUAGAUGGCAUCGCAAUCUGUAUAUUUUUUUUGUGGUAUCUUCUUUUUCUGCUGGGCAGAAUCAUCUGUUUUUGAUUUUCUUAAGAUAAAAAAGAGAUGUACAGUUUCCUCGUGCAAUGAAUGGAUUUUUGUCUC